AUGCGCUUGUAUUCCACUUCACCGUUAGUCUUCCUUGUCUGUGGGGCUACGUUGGUGCGCUCUGCCAUCAAUAUCGAUGGCUCGCAUGCUACAGAGCCCGCCAGCGAGGAUAACCUCGACGAUCCAUCACCUAUUGACGACACCAACGCCUACCACCCGGACAACCAUGACUGCCCUCCUCCUUGUGUUGACUACACAAACACUCACAGCUGGAUUCCCUAUCUAUCGGUUGAGCGCCUCGACCGCUGCAAGGCGCCAAUGCUGCUGCAAUUCUCAAUUUCCCAACCUCUGGACGACGACGAUUCUACCACCCUCAUCCGGAGUUGCACCAUUGGCUCUCAUCCGACGGCUGCUAGAAUAGCUAAUGAGAAGUCUAUCGAUAAACCCAAGAAAGAUGACAACCUUGUGGAUGGCGGCAGCCUCAAUGUUGCACCAGCUUGCAUCAUCCCCGGGACGCCUGUUGACACCAAGCUCAGUGUUGGGAAAGGUGACUCUGGAAAAGAAGAUGGAAGAGCCAUUGCCAUUCUCUUGGAAGGCAUGACAAAGUUCUUUGGCGCAAAAGAUAACUGCAACGAAAAGUUUCUCUUUGGUUACUACAAGAAAACCGUCGCCAGCAUCUACAUUGGCCCUGGGCUCGGAAAGUCCACCGUCAAGUCGGGACUGCAGGCUUUCGGUAAAUACGUCGGUGUUGAGUCCUCCGCUGCCAACCAAACAGUUGCCGAGCUCUGUGGUAACGGGCGCAAGCCAGAGCAGGUCUUUGGCGUGUCGGUCGACACAACAGGCAAUCUUGCCGCGGUGUUUGACCUUGCAGGAGAAGACGCCCAGUUUCUCGAUGGUCACACAACUCCAUCGUCGACUCCUUCGUCGACUUCAACCCCUUCACCAGCACAUUCAGGGUCAAGUGCUCGGUUUCUACGGUCUUUGAAGCACGAUAAGCUCUUCAAGCGCGCUAUAUGCAAGUAUAUGCGCGUUGAAGACGGUGACAGUUGCACGACGCUUUCUACCAGGUGCGGUAUCCGCGGCGCCGGCUUCCUCAAGUACAACACCAAAUUCAACCUUUGCGCGACGCUGAAGGGCAGGGAUUAUAUCUGCUGUUCAGCCGGUGACCCCUAUAAGCCUCCUGCGACGGAGCCCAAUGCUAACGGCACAUAUAAGACUCACCUCAUCGAGAACAGAGACUCAUAUGACUCGCUAGCCAAGAAGUUUAGGACUAAGUGCAAGGACAUACUCAUCGGCUACAAUAUAUACAUAGGCCCAGGCCUACCGCCUAUGCCUCCACCGCAGAACGGAGCCAAGUAUGGCCCUCUCGUGCCCGGUAUAAAGCCACCCAAGGAUAAUUCGACUUCUCUGGCUAACCUUAACCCUUAUCCUCUAAAGGCUUACUGCAGCAAUUGGGGGUUCUGCGGCGUAUUCCCGGAUCACUGCAUAAUAAACGCACCCAAGGAUAGAGGCCCAGGAACAAAGAAGCCGGGUUUCAAGAACACAUGCGUCUCAAACUGCAACCGUGAGAUCAAGGAGAACUCCAGACCACCCGAGGAGUUUAGAAGAAUCGGCUACUACGGGGCGUUUAGCAUAGAGCGAGAGUGCCUUCAACUCGAGGCCAAGGAUACCAACACUAAUAGUUCCUACACGCAUAUUCACUAG